GUUUGUAUAUAUAUAUUUUUUAGUGAUCGAUAGCACGUUAUCAUUAUAUUCCUCGACGAGGCACAAGAGGAUGGCUUACCUGCCUGAUAGCUUUGUACUGCCUGGUGGUGAUGGGCGGAGACCUGACCUGUGGGGGGAAUGGGGCCCACCUUCAGCGUGUUCUCGAACUUGUGGCGGAGGUGUCGCGUAUCAAUCACGACAAUGCACACAUAUAGCACCUGAUGGAACGCCAUACUGCGACGGCGGAGACAAAAAAUACUUUUCAUGUAAUACUGAGGAAUGCCCCGACGGUUCCAUUGAUUUCAGAGCAGAACAAUGUUCAAAAUUCGACGAAGUUCCUUUUGAGGGUGUGAGAUAUGAAUGGGUGCCCUAUACAAAAGCUCCGAAUGCCUGUGAGUUGAACUGCAUGCCUCGUGGAGAUAGAUUUUACUUUCGACAUAAGCUCAAAGUUAUUGAUGGCACAAGAUGUGAUGAUGAAAAGCCUGAUGUUUGUGUAAACGGUAUUUGCCAGCCAGUAGGAUGCGAUAUGAUGAUAGGAUCAUCAGCACGAGAAGAUAAAUGCCGAAUAUGCAGAGGCGAUGGUUCCACUUGCAGCACACUGGAGGGCACUCUGGAAGAACGAGACAGGCCAAUGGGCUAUAAUGAUUUGUUAUUAAUUCCUGCGGGCGCCACAAACAUAGAAGUAAAAGAAUUAGCACCUUCUAAUAAUUAUUUGGCUGUACGUAACAGCACAGCACAUUAUUACUUAAAUGGAAAUUGGCGCAUACAGUUUCCUAGAGUUUUAACAUUCGCGGGCUGCCACUGGCAUUACGAACGCUGGCCCCAGGGUUUUGCUGCUCCCGAUACGCUUCGUUGUCUGGGCCCUAUUAAUGAACCACUGUAUAUUGUUCUCUUGACCCAAGACCGUAACGUGGGUGUGAGGUACGAGUACUCAGUCCCAAACAGUUUGGCAAAACCAAAUCACCCGGAUGUUUAUACGUGGACGUACGAUGAUUUUUCACCUUGCUCAGUAAGCUGUGGUGGCGGGCUGCAGACUCGACGUGUGACUUGCUCAAAUCGACUUGACUUACAAAUUGUUUCUGAUGAGCUGUGUGAUUCCAAUCAGAGACCACAGGAACAACAAGUAUGUUCUACUGAGCCAUGUCCUGCUCACUGGGUCCCUGGCGCGUGGUCGCAGUGUUCUACUCCUUGCGGGCAAUCUGGUGUUCGGGAAAGACAAGUCUUCUGUCAGAGAGUUGUUGCUAAUGGAAUAACGUCGCUUGUAGAUGACAGUCAAUGCUUAGACUCAGGAGAAAAUAAACCGCCACAAACUGAGGCUUGCAAUCAAGACGAAAUUUGUCCUGAAUGGCAUGUGGGACCUUGGUCACCGUGUGAUCGACUGUGCGGUCCUGGCGCUAAACGACGCGACGUCAAAUGCUUCCGUAGGGAUGACCAUGGACGAAUUAUAGUAUUACAAGACUCGGACUGUCCAGAACCAAGACCGGAAUCUGCUCAACAUUGUACUUUAAGACCGUGCGAGGGUGUUGAUUGGAUUACAUCUGCUUGGAGUGGAUGUUCGGCUUGUGGUUCUGCUCAAGAGACUCGUGCUGCUUAUUGCGCUAGUGCAGCAGGUGAUAUUUAUCCAGAUGAAAUGUGUCAUGGGCACAGUAAACCAGAAACUGUUCGUUCAUGCGCUGAUGAACACUGCGAUGGAAUGUGGUUUUCCACCCAAUGGACUAAGUGUUCUGCACGUUGUGGUAAAGGUGUUCGUACACGAAAAGUUUUCUGUGGUGAGUUUGUUGACGAUUUGAUUAAAAAAAUCGAUGAAUCAAGAUGUCAACCUGAAGACAAAAUGUCAGAGGAAGAAGAAUGCAUUACUGAACCAUCCGUUUGUGGCGCUGAGUGGUUUACUGGACCAUGGUCGGAGUGUUCUGAACCUUGUGGUGGAGGAGUACGAACAAGAAAAGUACUGUGCAUGGAAAAUGAACAAGUUGUUCCUUCUUCAAAUUGUGAUUUGGAUCUUAUCGAAUUUUCAUCGGAAGAAUGCGGCAAUGAAACAUGCACUACUGAUUCAGUGAUUCAUGUGGGCUCUCACUCGCCUUUAACAUUAUCAGAGACUGAAGAAUCAUCAGAAAGCUCUAUGUCAAUAACAUCUGUUAGUCCUGAAGAGUAUGAAGAUGAAGAUGAAGAUGAUUUAGAGUGGUGUGAAGAAGAUGAAGACGAAGACGAGGAAGGAGCAGAUGAGAGCACUGAAGAUUUGGGUGCUUUGGGACUAGUCUCAUUUGAUUUAUCAACAGCCGAAAUGGUAUCUGAGUCUACGUUGUUCUCUGAAGAUUUAAUGUUGAGUGAUAGCACAAGUAGCGACGCGGGUGUGUCGGAUGCGACUGAAGUAUCUUUAUCAACAGAGGGGUCUGGUGCUUCGACACUAGAUGAAGGAUCUGGUGACACGUCUGAUUUUACUUCAUCAGAUAUUUCCACAACGGAAAAAUCGUCAGAAAUGAGUUCAGAAAUAUCUUUGGCGACUAGUUCAUUAUCAAGUUCUGAAUCUACACUUUCUUCAGAAUUUACUUCUGGUGCAGAAAGCACCAGCGGCUCCAUUAGUACUUCAGAAGGUUCAACUAUUUCUGCAACUAGUGAUCACUCAGAAUUUAGCACGGAAAGCACUUCACUUUCAUCAAUUGCCUCAGACGUAACUUCCGAAAUUGCUACUGCUGUAAGUGCAGAUAUGACAUCAGAUUAUGUUUCUACUGAAGUAUUUACCGGUUCAACUGACGUUUCAAGUGCUGAAUCUAGUUCUGAGACCAUUACUGAAUCAAAUACUGAAUUAGUUUCGGAAACAAGCACAGAAUCAGUUUCGGAAUCUAGUUCUGUAUCAAGUACUGAAUCAAGUACUUCAGAAAGCUUAGACUCAAGCAGUAGCCUUUCUAGUGAAUCUUUGGAAACUACAGAUUCAUCAAGCACUAUGUCAUCAACAUCAGAUGAGUCAACUAUUUCUAGUCAAAUGACAAGUGACAGUACAUCAGAUCUAGUAUCUAGUUCGAGUGAUACUACAACGAACGCAGCAUCGUAUUCUAGUGAAGCUUCAUCGGAUGGAAUAACUGAAACUAGUGAUUCAACAACGGCAAGCGAAACUUCAAGCCAAACCAGUUAUAUGUCCACUGUGUCUGACAAUCUAGGUUCACAGCCACCAGAAGUUAAUGGUGAAGUUGAUACCGCCGAAUUUUCUAUAACUACGCUGUCAGAAUCUUCAGAAUACUCAACAUCAACGAGCAGUGAGGAAUUGUCGAAGAGUACGACUGUAGAUAUGUCUACACUAAGUUCUGAAGCAAGCACCGUGGAGUCUUCAAGUACAACCGACAGUUCCGAUGCAACUACCGAAGCAACAGUAUUAUCUACCGAUGUUUCUACCGAAGAAACACCAACUUCCGAUAGCACAAAAAUGUCAGAAGCCAGUGAAGCCACAUCAGAUGCCACCGACAUUACUUCAGAAUCUACUGAGAUUACUUCAGAGACCUCUGAGUUUACUUCAGAAGCUUCUGAGGUUACUUCAGAGGUCUCUGAGAUUACUUCAGAGUUCACUGAGUUCACUUCGGAAACUUCAGUUUCUGUGACAGAUUCUUCAGAGUCAACAAUAAGUUCUGAUAUCACAGAUGAGAUGUCAGAAACAAAUAUUUGGUCAACUACGGAAGAAACGUCAGAAAAAUCGGAUACAACGCCAAAUAUAAUGUUAGACAUAAUAACUAAAAAAUCAAGAAAAUUGAAAAAAUGUAAACCAAGGCCAAAGAAAAAGCCAAAAUGUGUGACAUCAAAAUAUGGUUGCUGUCCAGAUAAUAAAACUGCCGCAACAGGGCCAUUUGAUGAAGGUUGUAUUAUUCCUAAGACAUGCUUGGAAACCGAGUUUGGUUGUUGUCCAGAUGGCAUAUCAACAGCCAAAAGUAAAUCAAAGAAAGGAUGCCCCAAAAUUAUAUGUAAAGAGUCACUAUAUGGCUGUUGCCAAGAUAAUAAAACAGCUGCCCAAGGCAACGAUCAGGAGGGCUGUCCCAUACCCACUACCGCAGCUCCCGGUUGCAAAGAAUCAGAGUUUGGAUGUUGCUCAGACGAAAUAUCUUUUGCCAAAGGUCCAAAUAUGGCCGGAUGUACUUGCGAAGACUGCACAACAGAAUCAACACCAGUUCCUCAAGAGGAUUGUCAAAACUCUGAAUUCGGUUGCUGUGACGACAAUGUUUCAUUUGCUACUGGACCACAAAAAGAAGGUUGUCUAUCAAAAUGCCAAAGAUCUAUAUUUGGAUGUUGCCGGGACGGUAAAACGCCUGCUCAUGGUCCAAAUGAAGAAGGUUGCUGUCUGGGAAGUCCUUAUGGCUGUUGUCAAGACAACAUUCAACCAGCCCGUGGUAUCAAUUAUGAAGGAUGUGACUGCCAAUAUUCCCGUUAUGGAUGUUGUCAUGAUAAUACGACGUCUGCUAGAGGACCUGACCAGGAGGGAUGUGACUGUCAUUAUACAACAUAUGGUUGCUGCCCUGAUGGAAUAGCGCCUGCUCGAGGACCAGACUACUUUGGUUGUACCUGUUCCUCAUACCAAUUUGGUUGUUGCCCUGAUGGUAUUACAAUAGCCAGAGGACCACACAAACAAGGGUGCGGAUGUGCGGAAAGUAAAUUUGGUUGUUGCACUGACGGAGUUAACCCUGCCACAGGACCGAACGGCGAGGGAUGCGAUUGUUCAAAGAGCGAACAUGGAUGCUGUCUCGAUGGUACAACUGAAGCAGGUGGUGAUAAAUUUGAAGGUUGCACUGACAAACCUAAAUAUCCACAAGAAUACUGUGCACUGGAUAAAGAAAGGGGAACAUGUCGUAAUUACACCGUUCGCUGGUUCUUUGAUACCGCAUACGGUGGGUGCAGUCGCUUCUGGUAUGGAGGCUGUGAUGGAAACAAUAAUAGAUUCAAUUCACAAGAAGAAUGCAAAGAUAUAUGCGUUGAUGUCCAAGGCAAAGAUCGUUGUCGGCUGCCAAAGAUAACUGGUCCAUGCGAUGCAUAUUAUCCAAUGUGGUAUUAUGAUAAUGAAAGGAAGCAAUGUGGACAGUUUAUAUAUGGAGGAUGCCUAGGAAACAAUAAUAAAUUCGAAACGAGGGAAGAAUGCGAAGGAUUGUGUGUCAGUCACCAAACAUUGGAUACAUGCGAGCAGGAAAUGGAUGAGGGUCCUUGUAGAGGAUCAUUUGAGCGGUGGUAUUACGAUAAAAAUUCAAAGAGUUGCCAAAGAUUUCGAUUUGGUGGGUGCAAAGGAAAUAGCAACAAUUUUAUUAGUGAAUCUGCAUGUCAACAGAAAUGUGCAACAAAAGAAGCCCUUCAAGCUUACUGUUACUUGCCAAGAGAACAAGGCACUUGUGAAGAACAAGAAUCUCGUUGGUUUUAUGACACCAAUCAGAAGAGAUGUGUACCAUUCUACUAUAGUGGUUGUGGCGCCAAUGAGAACAAUUUUGCUACACGCGAUGAUUGCGAACAUUACUGUCCUUCUGUAAAGGCCCGCGAUGUUUGCACAUUACCAAGUCUUGUAGGAGAAUGUCAUAAUUAUACUCAACGUUGGUAUUAUGACACUCUAGCCAAACAUUGCAGAGGUUUUUACUAUGGAGGAUGUGGUGGCAAUGGAAAUAAUUUCUUAGACGAAUUGUCAUGUCUGCAAAGGUGUUCUGACAGGAUGCCCGAAGAACCUCGCCAUGUACCAGAACCAAGGGAGCCCGACGAAAAUAUCGACAGGCAACGUGAAAGGGAGGAAAGAGAAAGAGAAAGAGAAAGAGAAAGAGAAAGGGAAAGGGAAAAUACUCGGCCAGUAUAUUCCAGAGAUUCAUGUAAUUUGCCUGCCGAGCAAGGUCCGUGCGAUUCAUAUGUAGUGCAGUGGUAUUAUGACGCGAGAUCUGGCACCUGCAACAAGUUCCACUACGGAGGAUGUCAGGGAAACCAGAAUCGUUUUAACACAUUACGUGAAUGCAUGCAUUACUGCCACAGGGGACCUGAUCCAAAUGCUAUUCACUAUGCAACAGUGGCGCCACUGUCUCGAGACAACACAUCAGCAGAUGCCUGUUCAUAUCCUGUUUCCUCUGGACCAUGUUCAUUCCACAUACCAUCUUGGUAUUUCAACAAUGAAACACAGCGAUGCGAAGCAUUUGUCUAUGGAGGGUGCGAGGGCAAUCCAAACAGAUUUGAAAGUGAAGAGCUCUGUGAAAGUCAUUGUGUUAGACGACCUGAAGAGAAUAUUAUUAACAAUUGCAUCAAUGACGAUCGAUCGUGUGAAGAAUUACGUUGUCCUUACGGAAUUCAUAAAUCUGUGGAUAAAAAUAAUUGUGUUCAAUGCUCAUGCUUUGAUCCUUGUUCUGAUAUCCGCUGUCACGAAGGAAGUUCAUGCGGAAUAGACUUGCAACGAGAUGAAGUUUCCGGUAGAACAGUUUUCAUUGGAGAAUGUCGGCUCGAAAACAAACCAGGAUCUUGUCCAGUCAGUUUUGUUGCUGGACAUGAGGAAGAUAGAUGUUCUCGAGAAUGCCAUACAGACGCUCAAUGUCGGGGUCCAGCAAAAUGCUGUCAAAAUGGAUGUAGUAUCAUAUGUACUAUGCCUAGUAAAUUAAGCAAUCUUACUGAAUUAUUAACUACAGUUGCACCUAACAUUACUGAUAAUACACCACCACGAUUGUUUGUGCCUUCCACCCGAGUUGACGCUGAACAGGGUAGUGUUGCUGAACUGCAUUGUAGUGUAAUUUCUGGAAAACCAACUCCAACUGUGUCAUGGUUGAAGAAAAAUAAAGUUGUGGAUGGAACAAAAGAUAAUUAUCGAUUGCUACCAGAUAAUACUUUGCAAAUAGUUUCAGUGAGCGAAAAAGAUAGUGGCCAAUAUACUGACGGGUCAUCCGAAUUGCAAGAGUCACCAUCCAGCAGUUGGGCAUUCUAUACUUGCCAAACGUAUAAUUUCCUAGGAAAACCAUCAUCUUGGUCUAUAGCGGUUAUGACAUUAGGACCAGUGCCAGGACCAGUAAGUGAUGAAUACAAAUCAUUAAACGUACGAUUAUUUGGGCCUGAUUCAAAUGUAAAUUCACAUGAUGAUUUUCAAUUACGUUGUGAUGUAACUGGUUCACCAACGCCUGUAAUCACUUGGUAUAAAGAUGGCAAGCCAAUUCAGAUGGAAAACACAGGACACGUUUUAUAUGAUGAGUAUAGUUUAAAAGUAGUAAAUGCAACAACAAACGACUCCGGAACUUAUCAAUGUGUAGCCCAAAAUCAAUACUCAACUGCCCAGGAUCAAGUAGAUGUCACUGUUGCAGGAAUAUAUGUUCACCCGCAAUGUCUUGAUAGCCCGGCAUUUGCAAGAUGCCCAUUGAUAUUGAGAGCUGGCUAUUGUACUCACAAAUAUUAUAGCAAAUUUUGUUGUCGAUCUUGUACUCUCGCUGGUCAAUUACCACCAAAUGCCCUACAUGCCAGAACAUGCGAUCAGGAAAUGGAUGAGGGUCCUUGUAGAGGAUCGUUUGAGCGGUGGUAUUACGAUAAAAAUUCAAAGAGUUGCCAAAGAUUCCGCUUUGGUGGGUGCAAAGGAAAUAGCAACAAUUUUAUUAGUGAAUCUGCAUGUCAACAGAAAUGUGCAACAAAAGAAGCUCUUCAAGACUCUAGCCCAAACAUGCAGGUUUUUACUAUGGGAGGAUGUGGUGGCAAUGGAAAUAAUUUCUUAGACGAAUUGUCAUGUCUGCAAAGGUGUUCUGAUAGGAUGCCGCGAAGAACCUCGCCAUGUACCAGAACGAGGGAACCCGACGAAAAUAUCGACAGGCAACGUGAAGGGAGGAAAGAGAAAAGAGAAAGGAAAGGGAAAGAGAAAGGGAAAGGGAAAGGGGGGAAAGAGAAAGAGAAAGGGAAAGGAAAAUACUCGGCAGUAUAUUCCAGAGAUUCAUGUAAUUUGCCUGCCGAACAAGGUCCGUGCGAUUCAUAUGUAGUGCAGUGGUAUUAUGACGCGAGAUCUGGCACCUGCAACAAGUUCCACUACGGAGGAUGUCAGGGAAACCAGAAUCGUUUUAACACAUUACGUGAAUGCAUGCAUGUCUGCCACAGGGGACCUGAUCCAAAUGCUAUUCACUAUGCAACAGUGGCGCCACUGUCUCGAGACAACACAUCAGCAAGAUGCCUGUUCAUAUCCUGUUUCCUCUGGACCAUAUUUGUCUAUGGAGGGGCGAGGGCAAUCCAAAACAGAUUUGAAAGUGAAGAGCUCUGUGAAAGUCAUUGUGUUAGACGACCUGAAGAAUUACGUUGUCCUUACGGAAUUCAUAAAUCUGUGGAUAAAAAUAAUUGUGUUCAAUGCUCAUGCUUUGAUCCUUGUUCUGAUAUCCGCUGUCACGAAGGAAGUUCAUGCGGAAUAGACUUGCAACGAGAUGAAGUUUCGGUAGAACAAUUCAUUGGAGAAUGUCGAAAACAAACCAGGAUCUUGUCCAGUCAGUUUUGUGUUGCUGGACAUGAGGAAGAUAGAUGUUCUCGAGAAUGCCAUACAGACGCUCAAUGUCGGGGUCCAGCAAAAUGCUGUCAAAAUGGAUGUAGUAUCAUAUGUACUAUGCCUAGUAAAUUAAGCAAUCUUACUGAAUUAUUAACUACAGUUGCACCUAACAUUACUGAUAAUACACCACCACGAUUGUUUGUGCCUUCUACCCGAGUUGACGCUGAACAGGGUAGUGUUGCUGAACUGCAUUGUAGUGUAAUUUCUGGAAAACCAACUCCAACUGUGUCAUGGUUGAAGAAAAAUAAAGUUGUGGAUGGAACAAAAGAUAAUUAUCGAUUGCUACCAGAUAAUACUUUGCAAAUAGUUUCAGUGAGCGAAAAAGAUAGUGGCCAAUAUACUUGUAGUGCUGAUAACGGCGUUGGACAUCCAGUCUCUGAAAAUAUAGAAUUACGGAUAUUAGAGCCCACGCCUCAUGCAUCGGGCAUAGUGGGCGACGAUAACGCCACGGCCUUGGCCACUCUCGGUUCGCCGCUGACGUUGCGUUGCCUUUAUUACGGAUGGCCGACGCCUCAUGUUAGUUGGUGGCGAGGCAAGACUGUCCUACCGACAUCGGGCACUAUUUAUGAACAGAACAGGGAUGGGUCGAUCCGAAUUGCAAGAGUCACCAUCCAGCAAUUGGGCAUCUAUACUUGCCAAACGUAUAAUUUCCUUGGAAAACCAUCAUCUUGGUCUAUAGCGGUUAUGACAUUAGGACCAGUGCCAGGACCAGUAAGUGAUGAAUACAGUAAAUUUAUAGUUGACGAUAGUAACCGAUAUGAUGGACAGAGAUCAAGGCCGCUUUACAAUGAUUCUUCUUCAUAUGUUGACACUCGAGAAUCAUUAAACGUACGAUUAUUUGGGCCUGAUUCAAAUGUAAAUUCACAUGAUGAUUUUCAAUUACGUUGUGAUGUAACUGGAUCACCAACGCCUGUAAUCACUUGGUAUAAAGAUGGCAAGCCAAUUCAGAUGGAAAACACAGGACACGUUUUAUAUGAUGAGUACAGUUUAAAAGUAGUAAAUGCAACAACAAACGACUCCGGAACUUAUCAAUGUGUUGCCCAAAAUCAAUACUCAACUGCCCAGGAUCAAGUAGAUGUCACUGUUGCAGGAAUAUAUGUUCACCCACAAUGUCUUGAUAGCCCGGCCUUUGCAAGAUGCCCAUUGAUAUUGAGAGCUGGCUAUUGUACUCACAAAUAUUAUAGCAAGUUUUGUUGUCGAUCUUGUACUCUCGCUGGUCAAUUACCACCAAAUGCUCUACAUGCCAGAACAGUUUGA